CAGCGAAUUUUCUGGCGUGCGGCUGAUUUUUAUAAACAAUUGCAAUUUUCUCAAAAUAUUAACUAAAUAAACCUUAAACAAUGAAUGCGCCACCAACCUUCGAAUCGUUCCUGCUGUACGAAGGCGAGAAGAAAAUCAUCAAAGAAUUGGACACAAAAGUAACAAAUGCGGCUAUAUUUACGAUAAACAAAGAGGAUCACACUCUGGGCAACAUGAUCCGCAACCAACUGUUGAAGGAUCCCAAUGUUUUGUUUGCCGGCUACAAGGUUCCCCAUCCCCUGGAGCACAAGUUCGUUAUCCGGAUUCAGACCACGGCGGACUACUCGCCUCAGGAGGCAUUCAUGAACGCCAUUACCGAUCUGCUGGCCGAAUUAUCACUUUUUGAAGAGCGUUUUAAAGACGCCAUCAAGGAAAAGAAGGAGGGCGGCGAUUAAUCCCACAUUUCCAUUGUACCAUCUACGUCUCAUGUAAAAAACCCGAAUAAAGCGUCUUCUUUCACUUAAUAAA